AUGGAGCAAUUUCAACUGAGCAAUGGACAGGGAAUCCGAGUUCUGAAUUCCAACGGUCAGAAUAUCCAGAUCAUCCAGCAAUCGGACGCAUCUGGAGCUGUUUCGACUUCUCGACCAGCAACAAUCCAACAAGCCACUCUCAACGGACAGCCUGUUUUACUACAGAUCGUGAACCAAGCUCCCGGAGAAAACCAGACCGUCACGGGCGGUCAAGUGAUAAAUGUCCCAGUUACGAGCAAGAUCGAAACUCCGAAGAAACGCCCGUUGGAGGCCACUCUUGCUGUCGCUCCUACUGUACAAUCUGUUCAGCCAGCGAUUCAAUCGCAAACACUCAAUCGUCAUGGAGGGCUAAAUACAUCUAUAAUGAGUCAGGGAUCGAAUGGUGGCAAUGCCAGUUUUCACGAUUUAAACGGGCCAGCUGCUAAGAGAGCCAGGCUCGCUCGCGGUGGUCUGAGAAUAUGUGCAAAAGAUGUGUGUGACAAAGUCUUUGAAAAAGGAAGGACGACGUAUUUCGAAGUUGCAAAUGAAAUCGUCGGCGACUCGCUGGGAACUGGCGAUGUCGACGAAAAGAAUUUGAAGCGAAGAGUUUACGAUGCUCUCAAUGUUCUGAUGGCACUGAAUAUUGUUCACAAAGAAAGAAACAAAGAAAAGACUAUUUCGUGGGUCGGCUUGCCGACUUCUGGGAACAGCGAGCAGAAAUCCCAUCUUCAAACUGAGAAAUUAACCCUCCAGCGACGUGUCAAACACAAAGAGGGUGUCCUCAGAGAAUUGCUCCUCCAGCACGUUGCUUUCAAAAGGUUGCUAGAAAGAAAUCGCAAGAAUGAAGAAGAAAAAGAAAAGAAACAUUCAAAGGCGGUUGUUCAACUACCAUUCAUCGUGGUGAACAUGUCCCGUGAGACGAAAAUCGACUGUUCGAUUUCGGAAGAUCAAUUCGAGUAUCACAUCAAGUUCAAUAAGUGUUUCGAACUUCAUGACGAGCUGGAGAUUCUCAAGCUCCUGGGCUUGGCAGAUCCACAAAACGCCGAAUUGAUGCUUCCAAAGAAACUGCGUCACUAUUUAUCAAACGAGCCUCAAAUGGGCGGCUCAAGCGCGUUGAGCGCGUCAAUGUCCUCCCGUCUCUCCUCGAACCACUCGAUCGCCGGAUCAGACUCGACGACGAUGAACUCGAGCAACAACGAUCACCAAGUCGAGCUCGUCGAAAUCUGCGAAAUUCCCGAGAUCGCGCACGUGGUCAAAACUGAAACUGUCGAAACUUCCAGAAGUUCUGAUUGA